AUGGACCUGAGACAAUUGACUGAAACACCAAGUUUCUUGGAUCAGCAACAAAUGGGUAUGCAACGUCGCCCUUCAAUUUCGUCGAUGUCAUCCGCAGCGUCUGGGUAUGCGUCUUCUGUCAACAACACCAGCAACAAUCCUCUGCGCGUAAACGCCGGUCAACCACGGUAUAAUGCCUGGCUGUCUCCUCAGAACGGCAAUCCGAUGGUCAACGUUGAUCCUUGGAUUGAGCAACAAGUCAACGUUUCCCAAUACUCACCUCCUAACGAUGGCAAAUUUCAUCUAGAGGAGGACGCCAAGGACGACCUGCUCAAAGAAUCUGAUGCCUUAUCCCAACAACAGAAACCUUUGGAUUCAGAACUCGAUGGUAUUGAUGAUACGAAUGAUGAUGAAGAUGUCAUUCCCACUGCUAUUGUGAUAAAGAACAUCCCUUUUGCCAUAAAAAAAGAGCAACUUUUAGACGUUAUGACAAAGUUUAGCUUGCCUUUGCCUUAUGCCUUCAACUACCAUUUUGACAAUGGUGUUUUUCGUGGUUUGGCUUUUGCAAACUUCACAUCAACGGACGAAGCCUGCCUUGUUGUAGAGAAUUUGAAUGGAAAGGAGAUUGGCGGCAGAAAGUUGAGAGUUGAAUAUAAAAAGAUGCUACCUCUACCCGAAAGGGAAAGGAUUGAAAGAGAGAAACGUGAAAAAAGAGGACAGUUAGAAGAGCAACAUAGAUCUAUGUCUUCUGCCUCAUUGGCUUCCCUUUACUCUGUCGCUUCGGCCCCUCCCAAUGUCUCUAAGAAUGUUUUAUCUCAACAGAAUGCUCCAGAUAGACUAUAUGCUACAAUUCCCUCACAGUUAACCCCUAUUCCCUCUGGAUUGGACAUGAAUGAUCCUGAGACUCUUGAGUUAUACACACAGCUUCUACUAUUCCGAGAGGACAAAGAUCAAAGACACUCAGAGUUGGCUUUUCCUACCACAGCUAACUCUUCCCUGCGUCGUGUGUUGCCUCUUCUUAGUCAGUUUUUGGGUUUGGCUGAUACUUUUGAGGGAGGAUUCAUUAUUAUUAGAAGACAGUCAUUUCAGCAUCCUCUUCAGCAAUCUGGGAUAUCAGCGUCUAGCACUGCUGCAUCUAUCAGUGCUGCUAACUCCAACCUAAUUAGAUCACAAUCCUAUGGUAUUCUCUCAUCAGCGGCCGGAUCCACCAACAUAUCCAGCACUCAUGGUCGUUACAGACAACCGCCUCAAUCAGCUACUACGGGUAUGUACACUGGUCAGCAAUAUCCACCUUCUCAGCAGCAAUCUCCGAGAAUGGGUAAUUCGGGAUUAGCCCCCCUUGGAGGGACAGCCCCAGCAUUUCAGCAAGCCCAAUCUACUGGUGGAUCAAGUAUGCUUCACCCCGCACUUUCAAGUUCAAAUUUGGGCGCUCUUAAUGCUGCUGUAUUGAGAGGCUCAUCUCGAGUUGUUAAGCCCAGUUUACCACCUGGAUCACUUCAACAGCGACAAGCUACUGGCAGUGGACAGCCACUUGCUUCCCCAGCCAACGAAUUACGAUACUCUCCAUUUCAGUCCUUUGCACAACCAGGAUACCUGUCUCAGCAACAAGUUCAACAACAACAGCAACAACAGCAACAGCAACAGUCUUUGAACCCACAAGCCCAACAGCACAACUCGCUAUUCGACUUGAAUUCUGAGUUCAACAACAUGGGUCUAUAA